AUGCUGUGGGUAGACAAGUACCGCCCCAAGUCACUGGUUGAAGUGGAACUGUACCCGGAGCUCACAGAAGUGCUGAAGCGUCUUGCUGAGUCUCAAGACCUUCCGCACCUGCUGCUCUACGGCCCGUCAGGCACAGGGAAGAAGACACGCGCCAUGGCGGUUCUGCACCAUGUCUACGGUCCAUCUGUCUAUUCGUUGCGACUAGAGCACAGAUCGGUGCAGGUAACAGACAGCAAAGUUGUCGAUAUUGCAACCCUGAGUUCCCCUCAUCAUAUUGACAUUAAUCCUUCCGACGCUGGCAACUAUGAUCGUGUGAUUGUGAUGCAAAUGAUUCGAGAGAUUGCUCAGACAGUCUCAUUGCAGUCCAGCACUUCCAAUGGUGUAAAGUACAAAGUGGUGCUUCUGAACGAAGUGGAUAAAAUGGGCCGAGCUGCGCAACACGCGCUUCGACGAACGAUGGAAAAAUACAUGUCGACAUGUCGACUGGUUCUUAUUUGCAACUCAACCUCGCGUCUUAUAGCGCCACUCCGGUCACGCUGUUUGGCGGUUCGUGUCCCAUCGCACUCAAAGGAAAAUUUAACAAAAGUCAUCCGGGGGGUAUGUGAGAGAGAAAACCGGCCAUUGCCCUCCCCGGAGUUCAUGGCUACCGUGACGCAGCGGUCGGAGGGUAACUUGCGCCGCGCCCUGUUGAUGGUGGAGGCAGCCGCCAUGACAAAAGUGGAUUUCUCAGGGAAUGGUGCUGACAUUCCGCAACCGGACUGGCGGGUAUUUCUUGAUGAAAUCGCCAACGACAUUCUCUCGGAGCAGACGCCGAAGAAAUUGCAUGAAAUACGCGGAAAGUUUUACAAUCUUCUUGGCCAGUGCGUCUCCGGCGAGUUAAUUCUUCGCUUGGUUCUCGAGAAGCUGAUGUCUGCGGUCGAUCCCGCACUUCGACGGCCUCUUGUCGCUCUUGCGGCGCAGUACGACCACAACAUGAAGCUUGGCACGAAGACCAUUGUGCACUUGGAGGCGUUUGCUGCCGGUGUCAUGCAGCUCCUGAAGCAGAAAUAG